AUGAGUAGUUCGACAGGCAUUAUGGUCGAUACAAAAGUGUAUGAUACGACAAAUUUUUAUAUAGGUUUAGGACUAGCAAUUAGUUCCAGCGGUUUUAUAGGAGCCAGUUUUAUUAUAAAAAAGAAAGCACUGAUUCGUCUUCAAAGGUAUGGUGCUCUACGAGCAUCAUCCGGAGGAUUUGGAUAUCUGAAAGAAUGGAUAUGGUGGGCUGGUCUGCUUUCAAUGGGAAUAGGAGAAGCAGCCAAUUUCGCAGCUUAUGCUUUUGCACCUGCUUCAUUGGUUACACCAUUAGGAGCGCUCAGUGUUUUAAUAUCUGCAAUAUUAGCAUCAAAGUAUUUAAAUGAAAAACUCAACUUACUUGGGAAGAUCGGUUGUCUUUUAUGCAUCUUAGGUUCUACAAUGCUUGUACUUCAUUCUCCAAAAGAAGAAGAAAUCAGUACAUUGAGCGAGCUAGUAGAUAAAGUCAAAGAUCCAGGAUAUAUUAUCUAUAUUUUAAUUGUUGUAGUGUAUAGUCUUUUGACAAUUUUCUAUUUUGGUCCUGCUUACGGAAAUCAAAAUAUUAUGGUAUACAUCUGUUUAUGUUCGUCUGUCGGUUCAUUAACCGUUAUGAGCUGCAAGGGACUAGGGCUAGCUUUAAAAGAAACCAUUAGUGGAUAUAACAAUGGAUUCACAAAUUGGUUGACAUGGGUCUUUCUAUUUAGUGUAAUACUUUGUAUCAGUGUACAAAUGAAUUAUUUAAAUAGAUCAUUAGAUCUAUUUGAUACUACUAUAGUGACACCAAUUUAUUAUGUAUUUUUUACAACGUUAGUACUAAUUGCGUCUGCUAUACUAUUUAGAGAAUGGGAAAAUAUGAGCACAGAGGAUAUUUUAGGAUCUUUAUGUGGUUUUAUUACUGUGAUACUUGCAAUAUUUCUAUUAAAUGCAUUUAAAGAACUGGAUAUAAACUAUGGUAAUGUCAGGCAUAUGUUAAGGCCUAAAAGAGAAUUACAUUUAAGUAAUAACAGCCAGUGGAAUGAUAGGGACGAGGAACGAUUGAUAACAAGGAUAGAGACAGAGCUGAACCAUACAUAUGGUGCUUAAGCUUUAAUAAGAUCUGUUCAAAAAUUAUAUUUCCCGUAUUUGUGAUACAGUAUUGUACAAAUCUAAUAAAUUAUAGUUAAUAUGCUGUACCUGCAGAAAGACUUUUAUUUAGUAUAGCAUAUAUCGUGCAUAUCUUAUCUUUGAUACAAUUCAU